CUCCACCCAACCCCAUCCCGCAUCAUCCCUCUUUGCUACUCCUCGUCAGGUCCACUGGUCACAGCGGAGACGACAGAGGAACUCGCGGAGGAAGGGAUUCCAUCUUUAUCGUCCAAAACGGGCUUGAUCCCCGACUAGAGUUCGACAACAAAAGCACCUUCUUUUCGACCCGGUUCCAACUUUCGCAAACCAUCACUGGCAACCGCUCCUGCAUACCCAUCGAGGCAGCUCCGCCGCCAUGUCGGGAAACAAGGGAAAGAAGGACCUGUCUCAGUUCAACUAUGGUGCUAUCAGUAGUCUUGUGGUCAACCAAGACCGUUCGGUCAUCCGCAGCGAUGAGCCUACUGGCCAGCCCGAGACCCUCAAGGGCCGCAUCAGCGUGAGGGAUAUGGGAUCCCGUGUGACCCGCGACGCGCCGAAGGACCUGGAGAAGAAGAAGGCCAAGGCAGCUUUGAAUCAGGCCGAUGCCGUCGAACGCUCUAUCCGACGCGCUCAGGAGACGUCUUCUGCGCGCACCGGCGCUGCCGACGUCCUUGCGUCUGUUGCCGAGAUGGAGGGCUUGCGCUACAGGCCACGGACAUCCGAGACGAUGGAGACGUACGAGUUGAUGCUCGGUCUCGUCCACCAGCAGCUCGGCGACCAGACCCAGGAGGUUGUCCGAUCCGCCGCCGACACGGUUCUCGAGUCGCUCAAGGACGAGGACACCAAGGAGUUUGACAAGCGCAAGGAGGUCGAGUCGGUCAUUGGCCCUGUUACCGAGGAGGUUUGGUCAACGCUCAUCAACUUGUCCAAGAAGAUCACCGACUAUGACGAGGAAGAGGAAGGGCCCAAGGGUGACGACCGCGAGCGUGCCGUCGACGCUGAGGGUGUCGCCGUCUUGUUCGAGGACGAUGACGAUGACGAGGAGGAGGACUUCGAGGUCAAGGCUCGGGGCUCGGACAGCGAGGACGACGAUGAGGAGGACGAGGACGAGGACGACGAGGGAGACGACGACAACGAGGACGAGCCAAUGGACGAGGACGACGCCGUUGUGGUCGGCAAGGGAGCCGGCAAGCAAAAGGAGAAAUCCGACCGCGUCUCGCCCCAGGACGUUGAUGGCUUCUGGCUUCAGCGUCUCAUCGGCUCGUACUACCCCGACCCCGUCCAGUCUGCCGACUAUACUUCCCAGGCCAUCGACCUCCUUGGGUCAGAAGCCGAGCUCCGUGACCUCGAAAACUCGCUCGCUGAAAUGUUUGGUUACGAGAAUUUCGACCUGGUCGCCACCCUGACCAAGAACCGCGAGGUCAUUGUCUGGUGCACGAGGCUCGCGCGUGCCGGCGACGACGAGCGCCAGGACAUUGAGGUUGCCAUGCGCGAGAAGGGCGCCGGUUGGAUUCUGCGCGACCUCCGCAGUGGCCGCAAGGCUGCUGAUGCCGACGCUGCCCAGCCUGUCGCUGUGCCCACCAAGGGUACUCUGGCCCCCGGUUCGGUCGCCCAGCCCCAGCGUGUCAUUGACAUUGACUCGCUCAUCUUCUCGGAAGGUGGCCACCUCAUGUCGAGGAAAAAGGUCAAGCUGCCUGAAGGGUCGUUCAAGCGCCAGUUCAAGGGAUACGAAGAGAUUCAUGUUCCCGAGCCCAAGCGCAAGGAGAUCACGCCUGGCGAGCUUGUCCCCGUGUCGGCCAUGCCCAACUGGACCCAGCCAGUGUGGCAGAGCGUCAACACGACCCGCCUCAACACGAUUCAGAGCAAGGUCUACCCCAUCGCCUUUGAGACCGACGAGCCUAUGCUUAUUUGUGCUCCUACCGGUGCCGGUAAAACCAACUGUGCUGCUCUUACCAUGCUGCGUACGAUCCAAGAGGCCCGCGACCCCGAGACUGGUGUCAUCGACCGCGACUCGUUCAAGAUCAUCUACGUUUCGCCGAUGAAGGCGCUUGUGCAGGAGCAGGUUGCUGCCUUCACCAAGCGUUUCAGCGCCCUCGACAUCAAGGUCGCCGAGUUGACUGGUGACUCGCAGCUCACCAAGCAGCAAAUCUCCGAGACCCAGAUCAUUGUCACGACCCCGGAGAAGUGGGACGUCAUCACCCGCAAGGCCACCGACACGAGCUACACCAACCUCGUCCGCCUCAUCAUUGUUGACGAGAUCCACUUGCUCCACGACGACCGUGGACCCGUGCUCGAGUCGAUUCUCUCGCGUACGAUUCGCAAGAUGGACCAGACGCAUGACCGUGUUCGUGUCGUCGGUCUCUCGGCUACCCUUCCCAACUACAAGGAUGUCGCCGCCUUCCUUCGUGUCGACGUCAAGAAGGGUCUGUUCUACUUUGACGCCUCGUACCGCCCCGUCGGUCUCAAGCAGCAGUUCAUCGGUGUCACCGAGAAGAAGGCCAUCAAGAGGCUGCAAACCAUCAACGAGGUCUGCUACGAAAAGGUUCUCAACCAGGCCGGCAAGUCUCAGACCCUCGUCUUUGUUCACUCGCGAAAGGAGACGGUCAAGACGGCCAAGUUCCUGCGUGACAUGGCCAUGGAGAAGGAGACGCUCGCCCAGUUUAUCAACCCCGAGGGUGCCUCUCGUGAGGUGCUCAUCCACGAGGCCAACGAGACUCAGGAUCUCAACCUCAAGGACUUGCUGCCCUUUGGCUUUGGUGUCCACCACGCUGGUAUGACCCGUGUGGACCGUACCAAUGUCGAGGAGCUGUUCUUCCAGGGCCACAUUCAGGUUCUGAUCUGCACGGCUACGCUCGCUUGGGGUGUCAACCUGCCAGCCCACACCGUCAUCAUCAAGGGCACGCAAGUGUACAACCCCGAGAAGGGUCGCUGGUCGGAACUGUCCCCUCAGGACGUUCUUCAGAUGCUUGGUCGUGCCGGUCGCCCCCAGUUCGACACUUUUGGAGAGGGUAUCAUCAUCACCAACCACUCUGAACUGCAGUACUACACCUCGCUCAUGAACCAGCAGCUGCCCAUCGAGUCGCAGUUUGUCUCGCGAAUGGUCGACAACCUCAACGCCGAGAUUGUCCUUGGUACAGUCCGCAACCGUGACGAGGGUGUCCAGUGGCUCGGCUACACCUACCUCUACGUUCGUAUGCUUGGCUCGCCUGGCCUCUACAACGUUGGCGGAGACUACCUCGACGGCGACCCGACUCUCAUCCAGAAGCGUGCAGACCUGAUCCACUCUGCUGCUGUCCUACUCGAGAAGGGUGGUCUCGUGCGCUACGACCGCUCGACUGGUGUCUUCCAGUCGACCGACCUCGGCCGCAUCGCCUCGCACUACUACGUCACCUACAACUCGAUGGCGACGUACAACAAGCACCUCAAGCCCAACCUCGGACUCAUCGACCUGUUCCGUGUCUUUGCCCUGUCCAACGAGUUCAAGCUCAUCCCUGUUCGUCAGGAGGAGAAGCUCGAGCUCGCCAAGCUCAUUGAGCGUGUCCCCAUCCCCGUCAAGGAGAGCGUCGACGAGCCCGUCGCCAAGGUCAACGUCCUCCUCCAGGCCUACAUUUCGCAGCUCAAGCUCGCCGGCUUUGACAUUGUCACCGACAUGGUCUUUGUCCAGCAGUCGGCCGGCCGUAUUCUCCGCGCCAUGUUUGAGAUUUGUCUCAAGAAGGGCUGGGCCCAGCCUACCCGUAUUCUCCUCGACAUGUGCAAGAUGGUCGAGCGCCGCAUGUGGAAGGCCAUGAGCCCUCUUCGCCAGUUCCCCCGUGUCCGCCACGAGAUCAUCACCCGCGCUGAGCGCAAAGAGUUCCCUUGGCACCGGUACUUUGACCUCGACGCUGCCGAGCUGGGUGAGCUCCUUGGCAUGCCCAAGUCUGGUCAGCUCGUCGAGUCGCUGGUGCACAAGUUCCCCCGGCUGGACCUCCAGGCCCACGUCCUUCCCCUUACCCGCUCGCUCCUCAAGAUCAACGUGACCAUCACCCCUGAUUUCGUGUGGGACCACGACAUUCACGGCCACACCCAGGCCUUUUGGAUCAUUGUCGAGGACGUUGACGGCGAGAAGAUUCUCUUCCACGACUCGUUCCUCUUGCGUGAGCGCUUUGCCACCGACGAGCACUACAUCACCAUCACCGUGCCCAUCUCGGACCCAGUGCCGCCCAACUAUUACAUCUCGGCGGUUUCGGACCGAUGGAUGCAGUCCGAGACUCGUCUUCCCGUCUCGUUCCAGCACCUCAUCCGCCCCGAGCCCUUCCCGCCUCACACGCCUCUGCUCGAGCUUCAGCCUCUGCCUGUCUCGGCGCUUCACAACAAGGCGUUUGAAUCGCUCUACCCCUUCGAGUCGUUCAACAAGAUCCAGACCCAGGUGUUCCAGGCCUUGUUUACCACCGACGACAAUGUGUUCAUUGGCGCCCCGGCCGGCUCGGGCAAGACGUUCUGUGCCGAGUUUGCCCUCCUUCGUCUUUGGACCAAGCGCGACCCGCCGCGUGCCGUCUGCAUCGAGCCGUACCAGGAGAUGGUUGACGCAAGGGUUGCCGAAUGGCAGGCCAAGUUUGCGCCCCUCAACAAGGAAGUAGUUGCGUUGACUGGCGAGGCCACUGCCGACCUUGCUCUCCUCCGCAAGUCGGACAUUGCUGUCGGCACCCCUGCCCAGUGGGACCUGCUGUCACGUCGCUGGAAGACCCGCAAGGAUGUCCAGUCGAUUGGCCUGCUCAUUGCCGACGAGCUCCAGCUCAUCGGUGGUGAUGUCGGUUCCACCUACGAGGCGAUUGUGUCGCGUACACGCUACGUGUCGCAGCAGACGGGCGUCCCCACGCGUAUCGUUGCCUGCGCCGUCUCGCUUGCCAACGCUCGCGACCUCGGCGACUGGAUUGGCGCGUCGUCCCAGAACGUGUUCAACUUUUCGCCCUCGGCCCGCCCGCUCCCUCUCGAGGUCCACCUCCAGAGCUUCAACGUGCCCCACUUCCCGUCGCUCAUGCUGGCCAUGGCCAAGCCGGCCUACCUCGCCAUGGUGGAGCACGCCCAGGGCCGCCCCACGAUUGCGUUUGUCGCCAGCCGCAAGCAAACCAAGCUUACGGCCAACGACAUUCUCACCUAUGUACUUGCCGACGAGGACGAGUACCGCUUCCUCAACGUCGAGCCGUCCGACCUCGAGCCUCACCUCGCCCGUCUCGAGGACCAGGACCUGGCCGAGACGCUCAAGUAUGGUAUUGGCUACUACCACGAGGCGCUGAGCAAGACCGACAAGCGCAUUGUCACUGCGCUGUUUGAGACUGGCGCCAUCAAGGUGCUCGUCGCUUCCAAGGACACGGCAUGGUCGCUCCCCGUUACCAGCUACAUGGUCAUCAUCAUGGGUGUCCAGUACUUUGACGGCCAAGAGCACCGCUACGUCGACUACGCCAUUGCCGACGUCUUGCAGAUGAUGGGUCGCGCCUGUCGCCCCACCAUCGACACGAGCUCGCGCUGCGUGCUCAUGUGCCAGCAGACUCGCAAGGACUUUUUCAAAAAGUUCCUCGCCGAGGCGCUGCCCGUCGAGUCGAGCUUGCCCAACUUCCUCCACGACCACUUCAACGCCGAGAUUGUGGCCCGCACCAUUGAGAACAAGCAAGAGGCGGUCGACUGGUGUACCUGGACGUGGUUCUACCGACGCCUGUCGCAGAACCCUGGCUUCUACAACCUCCAGGGCACGACACCUACGCACAUUGCCGAGUACCUGUCCGAGCUGGUCGAGAACACUGUCAACGAUCUCGAGCAGUCCGAGUGUAUCAUGGUUCAGGACGACAUGGACCUUGUGCCCAACAACCUCGGCAUGAUUGCGUCGUUCUACUACAUCUCGUACGUCACCGUCGAGACGUUCUCGGCGUCGAUCAAGGACACGACCAAGCUCAAGGGCUUGCUUGAAAUUGUCUCGUCGGCCCACGAGUUUGAGACGGUGCCUAUUCGCAACCACGAGGACUCGCUCCUGGAGCGCAUCUACGACCGUGUCCCCGUCAAGGUUGCCAAGCCCGACUUCCACUCGCCAUACUUCAAGACGUACCUGCUGCUCCAGGCACACUUUAGCCGGAUGCACCUACCACCAGACCUCGCCAUCGACCAAGCAUCAAUCCUCGGCAAGGUCACUGGCCUGUUGUCCGCAUGCGUCGACGUCAUGUCGUCCAAGUCGUACCUCAACUGUCUCGGCGCCAUGGACCUGUCGCAAAUGUGCGUCCAGGCGGUGUGGGACCGCGACUCGCCUCUCAAGCAGGUGCCAUACUUUGACAAGGACGUCUUGGAGCGCUUCAAGAAGGCCAACUAUGACUCGGUCUACGACAUUAUGGAGCUCGAGGACAAUGAGCGUAGCCAUUUGUUGCAGAUGAACGACAGGCAGCUCGCCCGUGUCGCCAAGUUUGUCAACUCGUACCCCAACAUUGAGGUGUCGUACGAGAUUGAGGACAAGGACUCGCUGGAUUCGACGACUCCAGUCACUGUCAAUGUCACGCUUGACCGUGAAGCCGACGAGGACAACCCCGACGACAUGGUCGCCGACGCGCAGUACUACCCCGGCCGCAAGCUCGUCCAGUGGUGGGUCGUCAUUGGCGACACUGCGUCGAAGCAGCUGUACGCGAUCAAGAAGGUUACUGUCAAGGCUCGCCUCGACGCCAAGCUCGAGUUCAACCUCCCCCAGGGAGAGCACAACCUCAAGCUGUACCUCAUCAGCGACUCGUAUGCUGGCGCAGACCAGGACUUUGACCUCGAGACGCUCAAGGUUGCCGAGGGUGACAGCGACGAUGAUGAUGACGACGAGUCGGAUGACGCGAUGGAUGAGGAUUAGGGGGGAGUUUGGGGGUGAUCUGAGAGAUAGACAAAGAGGUAGAAAGAAAGGGCGAGGAGGUAGCCGUAGUGCCAAGUCUGGCAGUGUAACAGUUCUCCUGCAUGCAAUGUUCCGCUAGCGAA